CGAAUGUUUUCGCAAUUUCUCCUUGUUUUGUCACAAUUCUAGUCGGGCGUUGAGCGAGUUGUACUCUUUGUAUUUUCUCUCGUUUUCAUAUGUUGUAUAUUUUUUCGUUUUUCUAACUUCUAUAAAAAGGGUUGUAAUUUUCGACUGCGAAUCCGUUUAAAAUUACGAUUUCAAAAAAGAAGACGACGAUUUGGUGCGAAAAAACAAGGGAGGGGUAAAGUCAGCCACUGUGAAAUAACCUAUUACUGUACUGUAUUGAAGCCAGAUAAUGGCAUGGCAUGUAUUCGAGAAGCUUUUAGAGGGAGUCGCAAAUUAUUCAACUUUUAUUGGAAAACUAUGGAUUACUUUUUUCUUCAUUUUCAGAAUUAUUAUGGUUGCAAGUGUAGGAGACACCGUUUACAGCGAUGAACAGUCACAGUUUAUAUGUAAUACUUUACAACCUGGUUGUACUAAUGUUUGUUUCAAUAGGUUUUCUCCGAUUUCACAAAUCAGAUUUUGGGCGGUACAAAUUCUUUUCGUUGGAAUGCCCAGCGUGAUAUUUAUUGUUUUCGCCAUGCAUAAAAUGUCAAGCCUAUCUCACCAAGAACAAGAAGACCAAAAUCAUGCUUCACGUCGAGACGGACGCUAUGAAGGAAGUCAGAGUGUUGAUUACGAUCACAAAGCACGAAGAAGGCGAGGAAAUGAAAAUACGAGCGAAAAAAGUGUUGAAGCGAGAGGCAGCAACCAAACGAGUCUCCCACAGUAUGAUGACGUCGCAAAUGGGAAACAGCGACCUGCUAAUGGAGUUGUCAAGAUGAAAGAUCCCAGAAAGAGUUCUUCUAAUCACAGUAAAGAAAGUGUUUAUACAGACAAAAGAUUGGCUGCUCAAGUUAUUACUAUGCCAGGGGAAGAAAAGAAGAAGGUGCGGAUGAAAACUGUUUAUAACAAAGAUGGAAAAUCUGAAGUCGUUAAAACACCAUCGAUAGCUCGAGCAUAUUUCGCUCAAACUAUUAUCACAACAUGUAUCGAAGGCCUAUUUCUAGUUUUACAAUAUAACAUGUAUGCUUUCCAAGUUCACGAAUUAUACGAAUGCGAAGGUGAUCCGUGCCCAAAACAAGUGGAUUGUUACGUAUCAAGGCCCCAGGAAAAGACGCUUUUUCUUUUAUUCAUGUAUGCAAUGACGUCUUUAUCAAUAUUAAUCAAUGUGGUUGAACUACUACAUUUGAUAAGAAAAUACGUUUGUGGAUCAAACAACACAAAAGGUGGCAGCUCAAUGAAAAGACUCAUGGGAUAUCACAGGCCACAUCAUGGAACAAGACGCCGAAGAAGACGAUACAGUUCCCGGUAUGUUCCGGGAGGAGCAUAUCCAUCGUUGGGGCCGUUUCCACGAACGCACGAAAAUUCAUUCAGUGACCUCAGUGGGAGCGAUUCAAUGGACAGUGAUUACAGAUAUUACAGCAAGUGAACAAAAAACUUCAAAAUAUCCGGUUUAUACAAAAAUAUUCUUUUUUUUAAUUUUUUUUUGCAGUAUAUCGUCAUUAUUAUUAUAUUUUUGUACAUGAUGUUCCACAAUGUGCCUUUUCUUCAAUAUCAUGCAGUUUAUUGCAUAUGUUAUUUAUUUGUAUUUAAAUGUUUUAUUGAUGUCAUUUUCUUUUCAUACUACGCAGCAUGUCUUCCAACAUGCAAUUUAUUUUGACACCAUGACUAUAACAUCUGUUCCAAAUCAUACUCCAAAAUCAAUUAUAAAAAUUUAUAAAGCCACUAGACAUCGAAAUUACUUCCAAUUGAUCAUUACCUAAUGUAUUUUCGUAUGGUCUGAGAGUAAAACAAAAU